UCUGCGGAAAUGAAAGUUAAACGAGUCAUUUAUUCCCGUUUGUGAACACGCAGUUGAACUUUUCAGCAAAGAAACUCCCAGAAAAUACUGUUCCAUCAUGGACGAUGCGUUGGUUCUGAUCGCCGCCAGAUUGGGUCUGUCGGGCUGGUUUUGUGCACUACUGACCCGCUUCCUCUCCGUGUGGACGGUAAGCGGCACUGUAGACAACACCACGGACUCUCUGGCGAUGCACUGGGACGGGGUGUGGAUACACUGGGAGCAGAAAGGAGACGACUCUCUUCACUGUCACUUCAUCCAGGCGAUGCUGCAGCUAUCGGGGAACUUCCAAUCCUGGAGGGAUCUCAUCACAGCGUCAAUCUGCAUCUCGCUUGCAGCGAACGGCCUUUACCUUGUUGGGCAAACGAGGUUGCCGGUCAAAGUGGUCUCGGGUGUUUUGUUUGUGCUGUCAGGCGUGCUGCUGCUGGUGGUGACGUCCUGGGUGUCCCACGACGGCUCUGAAGCGCCGAACGCCGUGACUUCAUUUAAACGAGAGUGGGGGCCGGCACUCUACACGGGUUGGGUCGGAACGGCCCUGCUACUGGUGGUGGGGGGAGGAACUCUAGUCAGUACAUGCUGUUUCUCGCCCCCAACAGAGGUUAACCCAUAUGGUUUUGAUUAACUGCUACUGGUAAGAGUAGAUGUUACAUUUAGGCUAUCAAAAAAUGUUGGUGCAGGCAUAGUGAAAACGCCAACAUUAUUUAAUCAACAUUUAAUCAACA